AUGGAAUCAAAUUAACAACAGAAUGAUGAUAAAACGAACUCCAAUGAGAAUCAACCUGAGCAGCAAAACGACUUACAGUCUGUCACAUCUGAGACUACUCAGUAAACUGAGCAACAGCAGCAGACUCAAAGUGUGCCAAUAGUUGAUCCUAAUGAGAGAAGGCUCUGCUCUGGAUGUCACUAGUUCUACGGCACAGCUGCCACUAAUUUCAUGUGCAGUGUCUGCUUCAAGAAGGCUGGGGGUAUUCUUAGUCAGACUCAACCUCAAAAGAAAGAGGAGGUCUAACCACAAACUUUCGCUUAACAAAAUGAUCCCUCAAAAGAAGAGCAAAAGGCCCCAGAGAGACCUAUUCAAGAUAAGACUAGAUGUUGGUCAUGCAAGAAAAAAGUCGGACUGACGGGAGUCUAAUGCAGAUGUGAAUAUACAUUCUGCUCCAAACAUCGUUAUCCUGAAGAGCAUUCUUGUGACUUCGACUUCAAUAAUUUCUACAAAAAGAAGUUAGAGAAUGAGAAUCAGAAGCUAGCUCACAAGAAGAUUGAUAAAUUAUACUGA